AAGUCUUAUCUACUCUUUGCCGAUACGCCUUUUUUAGGAUAGUGUGGAUGUGUGGAUGCACCCUGGACUGGACAUUGACAACCAGUUAGUUAUUCUAUGUUGACAACCUUCAAAACAAAUUUUAUCAUCCCCAACAUCCCGUAGAGCUUAAAAUGACUGAAGAGAAUAAUGAAUUGCAAUCUCUUGUUUUCCAAGGAAUAUCUCUUUGGAGCAAAUCUCAAGAAGUUUUAGAAGAACAAGCUUCAAAAGAACUUGAAAUAUUUGUUGAACAAAGUCAUGAAACUAAGCCUAGAGGGUUGGAUGUUAGUAAAGAGGAUACUAAAAACAGCAAUGUAUUUUCAGAAUGCAGUCGCCCUUUAAAUGAUGUUUCAUUAUAUAUUCAACAGCCAAUUAAAGAUGGUGUUUCUUUAAAUUCUAAAUGUAACGAAGUAAAUUUUAUUUAUGAAGAUGGAAUUAAUAAUGCAGAAAUAGAUGUUGGCAGUUCUGAAAGUGAUUACAUUCCUAGCGAAGAGGAAUUUUCAGAUGAAGAUUAUGUACCAGAAAAUAAAAUUGUAUUAAAUAAAAGUAAGACACCCAGAAAGGUGUGUACUAAAAAAAUAUCAAAAAAGGUGUAUGUUGGUAAUUUAAGACUAAAAGAUGAUGCUUUGCACAGUAAUUAUAAAGCUAGAUUAAAUGCUUACUAUAAUAAAAUAGAGGAGGGGCUUGCCAGCACAAGUUAUGAAUCCAAUAAGUUAAUAGAUAAUGGAUAUAAGGAAAUCAAUGGCGGUUUGAAAGUACCAAGAGAUCUAUGGAAUAAAUUAUAUGGUUAUCAAAAAAGUGGUGUAAAAUGGUUAUGGGACUUGCAUGAAAGAUCUACAGGUGGUUUACUAGGAGAUGAAAUGGGUUUAGGCAAAACAGUUCAAAUAAUUGCCUUUUUACAUUCAUUACAAUACAGUAAAAUAGUUUCUCAACAUUGCAAGUUUAUAGGAGUUGGACCAACAUUGAUUAUUUGUCCUGCUACUGUAAUUCAUCAAUGGGUUAAGCAUUUUUAUGAAUGGGCUCCUGAAUUUCGUGUAGCCAUUCUUCACCAGUCAGGAACACAUCAAGGUCAUAAAACAAAACUCAUUGAUGAAAUCAAUAACAACAAGGGCAUAAUUAUAACAACUUAUGCUGCAGUAUUGAAAUAUAAGGGAAAUCUUUGUGAAUAUAAUUGGCAUUAUUUUAUUCUGGAUGAAGGGCAUAAAAUUAGGAAUCCAAAUGCUAAAAUAUCAGUGGCUAUUAAAAGUAUCAGGACACCACAUAGAAUAAUGUUAACUGGGAGUCCCAUGCAAAAUAAUUUAACAGAAUUAUGGAGUCUAUUUGAUUUUACCAAUCCAGGAAUGUUAGGUAAUCUGGCUACAUUUACAGAACAUUUUGUCAAUCCAAUAUUACAAGGUGGAUUUGCUAAUUCUAGUCCAAUGCAGGAAGCAACAGCUUUAUCUGUGGCGUCAACAUUAAAAAAUAUUAUAUCACCUUUUUUGUUAAGGCGCAUGAAAAAUGAUGUAAAGAAUCUCAUUCAUUUACCUCAUAAAAGUGAACAGGUAUUAUUCUGUUCUUUAACUGACCAACAACGAAAUUUGUAUAAAGAAUAUUUAGUAUCUGAACAAGUCAAUAAUAUACUGGGUAGAGGUAUAAAACAAUGGAGUACUGAUAACCACAUUAAAGCAAAUAUGCUAAUAGCAAUAACUGCUUUAAGAAAAAUUUGUAAUCAUCCAGAUUUAUACUUAAGUGAAACUGAUUGGUAUGAAAAUGAUGAGACAUCUUUGGAGACACAAUAUGGAUACUAUAAGAGAUCUGGUAAAAUGGUAGUUGUGUCUGCAUUAUUGAAAAUAUGGAAAAAACAAGGCCACAGAACACUUUUGUUCUGUCAAGGUAGAUCAAUGAUAAAACUAUUUGAAUUAUUUCUUUCACAGCAAAAUUACAAAUAUUUAAAAAUGGAUGGAAGCACCACUAUAUGCUCAAGGCAAUCAUUAAUUGAUAAAUUUAACACAGAUAGUAGUUUUGAGGUGUUUCUGUUGACAACUAGAGUUGGUGGUUUAGGUGUAAAUUUAACAGGAGCCAACAGAGUAAUAAUAUAUGAUCCCGAUUGGAAUCCCGCAACAGAUGCUCAAGCAAGAGAAAGAGCAUGGAGAAUUGGCCAAGAUAAGUCAGUGACAGUUUAUCGCCUUAUUUCUGCUGGUACUGUAGAAGAGAAAAUGUACCAAAGACAGGUUUGGAAACAACUGCUAAGUAAGAAAGUUUUAGUAGAUCCUAGCACUAACAAAUUCUUUAAAUCAUCAGAUUUAUUUGAUUUGUUUUCAUUGCCAGAAUCUGCACAAGCUAAUCCUGAAACAACCAACAUUUUUAGAGAGUCUAGGAUCAAAAUGCAGGAAAAAUUAGAGGAGCAAAAAACCCAAAAGAAAAAAAAACAAAAAAAGAGUUCUACCAUGACAUCUCUUGACUCACAUACUGAAAAUUCUUCAGAAUCAUUUAAAUUUUCUGAAGAUAAAGUUCUAGAAAUGAAAGCUCUAGCUCAAAAGAUUGCAAAAAGUAUAUCACAACAAAAUGGCACCCUAGAUGUGAAGAAGGAACAAAAUAAAUCUUAUUUCCAAAAAGAAUUGGAUGAGGAAAGGAAGAAAAAAUUAAAAGAAAAGAGAAGAUUAAAACAUCUAAGUCCUAGAGAUCUGAUGGAUUAUAAUAGGUGGAAGGCAAUGUACAUUGAGGAUAAAAACAUAAAUAAACUUGAUGAUGAUAAAACUGAGAUAAGUUUUGAUAAAGCACUUGAACAGAGCUCUAAAACUGCCAACCUUUAUCACAGUAUGAAUUUAAAGGAAAUAAAAGAAAUGGAAAAGAAUUUAGGAAUAUCUCAAGUAUCAGAUGAUGAUAAUUCAUCUGAAACAGAAGAAAAAAAUCAAGAUAAACUUAAAUCAAGAAAACGAAAACAUAUCGUAGAUACAUCAGGUAAAAUUGACGGUGAAGAAGUGGAAGGUUUAGUGAAACGUGAGAAAAAAAAGUUAAAGCUGGAAAAAGGGCAAAAUGAUGAUUAUAUCUUAGCACAUCUUUUCUCCAAAAAGGGGGUUUCAGGUGCCUUAGAACAUGAAUCUGUAUUAAAUGGAGGGAAAAAGCAGCAAACAUUGAAAGAUAGAACAUGUGCCGAAGAGAAAGCUUUAAAAUCAUUAGAAGCUUUAAAGAAGUCUCGAUUAGAUAAUUGGAGAUGGUAGUUUUGUAAUUUAUUUAUUAAAUGUAUAUAUUAAUUUCUGUAUACUUUUUCAGUAUUAAAUAUUGUUUGUUAAA